UCCAAUCCAAUCCGCUAGCGCUAUCCUGUUAGUUGCCGUCGCCGAUAUGUCGAAAGUUGGGAAAGGACUGUUAGCCGCUGCCGAGACGCUGAAGAAGUACCCCGUCGACGUGCAGAAGGCUCUGCUUAGGUCGGCGACUGACGCCACACGCUCGCAGAAUAUCGAAGAGAAAGCGGAGUCGUGCAACCUGACACCACGAGAACUUCACGAGGCAGUUGAAGCCGCCAGUUGCAUGUUGGCAAGCUUCAGUAGACUAAAAGAAGCUGCGAUGUCCACGACGCUGCAACAACUGUUCCUCGACCCCGGUGUUGCAGACGUCCUCAAAGAACUUCUGCAAUCGAAGGGAUCAAGUUCGUCGGAGUUCAGUCCGUAUGGAAAGCUGGUCGACGUCAGGUGGAAGAUCGGCGUGGCGGCGGUUUCCGACCAGUGCAAGAACCUCAAUUCGCCGUUUGUCACUUUUCAACUGACCGUCGAAGACUCCCAGAACCGAAUGGAUACCCACAUACUGGAACUGACCAUUCCAGAGUUUCAGAAAUUUGCUUCAACGAUGCAAGAACUUCAUGGCAUCAUGUCUACUUUAUAGUGAUCAAUUAAAAAUUCGAACAAGCCAAAACAGUGUUCCGAAUAGAGGUGAAUGUUGCGACAGAAUACCAACAUCCAAGCCAAAUUUCGUCAGAAAAAAAAAAAAAAGA